GUUCAGUUUAGUUCAGUACGUGCGUGAGCGUGUGUUAGGAUCAAACAGAGAUACGGUACAGUAGCAUGCAUACUUCUGGAUGAAUGAAUGCUCUCACCUCACAGAUGAUUGACAUACUUUAACCUCGAGCGCUUAACGAACCCCACCGGCUGGAUUCUACAGUAUUAAAGUAAUGGAACCGGUCACGAGGUGGACACCACAGCAGGUUGUUGACUGGAUGGGAGGUCUGGAUGAAAGUCUUCAACAGUAUGUUCAGAACAUCGAGAGGGAGAAGAUCACUGGAGAACAGCUACUGAAGGUCUCCCAUCAGGACCUCGAGGAGCUUGGUGUGACUCGGAUCGGUCAUCAGGAGCUUGUUUUAGAGGCUGUGGAUCUACUCUGUGCUCUGAAUUAUGGAGUGGAGACGGAUAACUUGAAGAACCUGAUGGUGAAGAUGAGAAAUGUGACCAAAAGCCUUCACGCCUCAACAUCGGAUCGCAGAAAGAGCCCAACGCAUGACAAUGGCACAUCAGGCAAAAUCCCAAAUCAGUUUCUUUCGUCUGUGGUUGAGCUCAUCGGAACAGCCAAGAGUCUCCUGGCAUGGCUGGACAGAACUCCGUUGUCGGGGAUCACUGACUUCACAACCACCAAAAACAAAAUCAUUCAGUUGUGUCUGGAACUGACCACCACAGUUCAAAAGGAGUGCACUGUGUUUGACAUGGAGGAAACGAUAUUGGGUGUUUCGAAGGUGUUGAACGGUAUUUGUGAUCAGACUGUGAGAACCACCUCUGAUCCUCUGAUGUGUCAGUCUGCAUGUCUGCAGGAAGUUCAGCUGACAAACAUCAAACCAGAAGAGGGACUGGGCAUGUACAUCAAAUCCACUUACGACGGGCUUCACAUUAUCACCGGCACUACUGAGAAUUCUCCAGCUGAUAUGACACACAAGAUCCACGCUGGAGAUGAAGUCAUCCAGGUCAACCAGCAAACUGUGGUGGGUUGGCAGCUGAAGAACCUGGUGGCCAAGCUGAGAGAAGACCCCAAAUGUGUGGUGCUUCUGUUAAAAAAACGGCCCACAGGGACGUCAGGAUUCACCCCAGCGCCCCUGAAAAACAUGCGCUGGAAACCACCCAUGCCUCAGAACUCGAGCUCUCCUAGUAAGAGUCAGUCUGAUUCCAGCAAAGUCAAUGGCAGGAAAGAAAAGCCAGCGAUACUGGACCUGUACAUCCCUCCACCUCCUUCUGUGCCUUAUACACCACGGGAGGUAAGAAACGGCUCUCACACCAGCAUCAACAGCAGGCCUAAAGGUUCGGAGUCCCCAAACUCUUUUCUGGAUCUGGAGGGCCGCCGGAGAUUCACCGUCACAGAUUCCGACAAACCGUCCGUUCAGCCGGUUGAGGUCAACGUACAGAUGCGCCCGAGAGGAAGAACUCACUCACACGGUAAACCACGACCCCUGUCAAUGCCAGCAGUCACAUGUUUGAAUGUGACGGAUCUGUACGCCAGGCCUUGGGCACACGGACGCAAAGGUGAAGAUCUUCUGCACAAAUAUUUAAGCAACGAGCGUAUAACGACUAUCAGCGAGGAGACCCCGACCCCCGGCUCCUCAUACAGAUCUAUAACAGAGAGAGACGCUCACGGAUUUCUCUAUAACACAGACCUACACAACACUGCCACCAUCCCUUAUCACGAGGACUUCAUGAAAAAAAAACCAAUGACACCCAGCCCCAAACGCCCCCCCGCCGAAACUUCACUACUGGAUCCUCAGUGGACCUCCAACAGCUCCUUCAUCAACAGCAGGUACAACAACAGUGCCGUGAGGUCCUGGUCCUUCUCUCAAGCGGCCUCCUUCCCCAUUUCACGGACCCGUCCUCUGACCACUGAUGAGUACAAUCCAGUGUCCCUCAGACAAAAGUCAAAGAAGAAGAGUCGUGGAGGAUUGUCUAGAAUGAGUCGCAGGCGAGUUUCAGUGAGAGAUCUGGACCCAGUGGAUUUCCAGGGCUGGCUCUACAGAAAGAAAGAGGGGAAAGGGUUUCUGGGGAUGAAAUGGAAGAAGUAUUGGUUUGUGCUGAAGAAAACCUCUCUGUACUGGUACACAAAUCAGAUGUCUGAUAAAGCAGAGGGCUUCAUAAACCUGACUGAUUUCGUCAUUGACAGGGCACUGGAGUGUAAGAAAAAAUAUGCCAUCAAAGCGUGUCAUCCCAGAGUCAUGAUGUUUUACUUUGCAGCUGACAGUAAUGAAGACAUGAGCCUAUGGUUAAAUAAACUGGCGCUGGCAUCUAUUCAGUAUGAAGCCACAGAUGCUCAUGCAGCCGAAUGUUACAGUGAGGCCAGUGAUCACGAGGAAGCUGAAUCCACAAACAUUCCCCCUCCACCAUACAGUUUCAGUGGUCCAUCAGACACCAUACACGAGGGAAGUCUUCCACCUCCGUAUUCUUCACCUGUUCCCAGCGAAGUCACCGGUACCCUGUCGUCCCCCGUCAGUACCAUGACCUCUCACAGUUCUGUAUCAUCUCUGAACAAACACAGACGCUCAUGGCUGGAUCUGGUGUCACAGACUGUCUCUAGCGCUGGAGAGACGCUGGUCUGUUCUGCUGUGGUCCAUACAACAAACCCCGCCACAAAUGAGGCUACAUCUCAAGAGCCCCUCGGUUCUUCAUCUAACACAGCGUGUAUGGAGAAAACCUCAGAACAGAUCACAGAAACACAGUCGGCAUCAGAUGACUCCAGACGUGAGGAGGAUCAGGAAGCGGCUAAUGAUGAGAUGGAAAGGCUAUAUUUGCAUUUAAAAAGAGCAAGUCUGUCUCCGACCGGUGAGCGGAAGCCAUCGUCAAAAUUGGAAUUACGAGCUUCUUUUAUAAAGCGUUGUGAAAACCGGACGCUCAAUGAGAAGAUCCACACCAUCAGAGCCCUCAACAGCACUCUGAAGGCUAAAGAAGCAGAUGUACAGACUUUAGAUCAAGUCCUGUCUGACUCGUCUCUGACUUCUGAGAAAUUUAGAGAGUGGAAAGAGAACAACAGUGUCCUGCUGCAGGAGACCAUUCUGAGACACAAUCUACAGGCCGGACCCCUGGAGACCCCUGACAAAACAACCACAUAAACACUGAGAACAACACUCACUCUUAUAGUACAUCACAACAAAGAGUUAACACUGAAAAACCUGAGUCAGAAGUUAAAAACCUCUCUGUGUUAAAAUCAAGACGUCUGUUUUUUACGGAUAUUAAAUCAGUUAUAGGUUGUCCUGUAACAUCAUCACUUCUGUAACACAACUGUUAAGACGUUGUGGAGUCUAAAUGCGGUGAAGAUAAUGAUCUAUCAAAAUCUUUCAAGAUGUUUGUACAUAACUUAAGCUUUCAAUUUGUGUUUUUUUAUUGUUGAUUUUUUUAGUUGUCAUAAAGUGUGAACAAGAGCUCACCUGGUAGUUACUUGAAUGCUGAUUUUAAGCAACCUGUAUAAUUUCUCAUUGGAUUGUAAAUAGGUUUGUUUAGAUAUUUAAUAAAUUAAACAUUUG